AUGGCGUCGACGCGUCGGACGAAUUAUCACCAGCUCAACAUCUAUCACGACCCAGUGCCGGUCCUGCCGUCCACGUCGUUCCACGAUCUCCCAAAAGAUUCGGUCGAGGCAGCCCUCCUAAGCGCCCUUGGUCAGCAACCUUUCAGACAGACGGGCUUCUUGCUCAGUCCCUCGCACACCUCUUUCAGCACCGGCUCGCCGAGAAAGCACUCGAGCUCGCCCGCCGCUUCUCUUGGCAGACGCUCGCUUCACAACCACAACAUCGCCGUCCCCUCUCCGCUGCAAGCCAGCUGCUUUGCCGACUCACCCGUCGCCAAACACGACUUCUAUCCCAACAUGAACAUGAACAAGGAAAACAUGUUCCCCUACGAUCACCACGUCUACUCGGCACAAAAGGCCAUGCCCAUCAAGCGAGCAUUGGUAGACAAGGCCAUGAAGAAAGUUGCAAAGUCCGCCGAUCAGUUCGACUUUGUCCUCCCAGAGCCCGAAGAGAUGCCGUCAGUACACGACGACGGAAACAAGCCCACCUUCAGCUACGCAACCCUCAUCGGCAUGGCCAUUCUGCGCGCACCUAACCGCCGCCUCACACUCGCCCAGAUCUACAAAUGGAUCUCGGACAACUUCAAGUACUACCGCGCAUCAGAGACUGGCUGGCAAAACAGCAUCCGUCAUAACCUCAGCUUGAACAAGGCUUUCAUCAAGCAGGAACGUCCUAAGGAUGACCCUGGUAAGGGCAACUACUGGGCCAUUGAGCCUGGAAUGGAACGCCAGUUCUGCAAGGACCGCCCUAUGAAGAAAGUACAAAUCUCAUCAGACAUGAUGCCGCUACAGACUCUUCCCAGCAACGCUCCUCAUCCUGUCACCACCCCCGCAAUCGGCCGCUUUGCUCUGGGCCCUAACCCUGUCAAGAAGACUGACACAAAGGCCGUCGACUCUGCAUCGUUCCCUCAGGACCACUUCUCGUCCGACGGUACAAUCCCCGCCAGCGAUCCUGCCCUUCAGGAUGACGAGUCCGCAAUGCCUCCUCCCGCUGCCCGCGCUUCCAUGCGUUCUUCGCCGCCCCCAGCAUUCGGUUCUUCUCCUCCUCCCAUGCAAGACACUCCUCCCCGCGCCUCUCGUCUACGAUUCCCAACCGACACACACUCCGGCGGUACUCGCAAGCGUAAGUUCAACGCUCCUCAGGACAGUGGUUAUUAUUCUUCGAUCGAGUCAUCGGCUGUCAGAAACCCGACCAUCUCGCAUGUUGCUCUGACUUCCGACGCCGAUCCUGACCACCGCCGUAUCAAGCGCGGCCGCGCUGAAGAGGAGAUUGCACGCAUCCGCAGUUCUUCCUAUGACAGCCCUACCAAGCAAAAGACUGCUCCCCACAAGCGCAAGCCUUCGGUCCAUUUCGAGUACACUUCGCCUCAGCGUCCCACGUCAUCUGCCGCGGCUGUUGCUCCCCUGACUCCUGCUGUUGUCUUCAAACGCCCAGCUAAGCCUCCGCAAUCUUGCUCUCCUAAUACCAGUCUUCGCAACCACCGCAACAACAUCAAGGCUUUUCUCGGCGAGUCCCCUGCAAAGAGCUGGACUCCCUUGGUUCCAUUCUCUCCUGCUUUCAACCUGGACGAGUUCACCCCCGCUAAGGAAGUCACUCCUUACCGCCCUUCUAACGACUCUAACGAUGUCUUUGACGAGAACGCUGCUCUUGAUGACUUCAGCGCUCGCGGUAGCCCUGGCAAGAAGCGUCCUCGUAUCGAACGUGCUGUCACUUCCACCGGCGUCUUGGCCGACAUCACCUCUGGAAAGGGUAACGCCAUGGCUUUUGACAGCCCGUUCAACUUCCACUUUACUCCCUUGAAGGCUACUCACCCUGCUCAACUGCGUUCUCCAGUCAUGCUCGGCUCACCCUUGAAGCGUGUGACCAUGGCUCCUCCCUCCACUGGUAUGUCUGAGAAUAAUGUCAAUGCUCCUGAUUGGUUGGACUUGUCUCUUGACAACUACUUCCCUCAACAACACGGACCCGAAUUGUUUGGCCUCGGCAUCCAGGAUGACAUCUUUGACGAGCAAGGCGUCGACAUUCUCCAGGAGUUUGGCAAGAUUGGCUCCAAGCAGCAGCCUCAACUUCAACCCACCAACCAAGGAAGCAGCACGGGUAGCCCUGCAAAGCGCUCCCAGCGCCCCAGCAUCAGCAGAAGCAUCACUUCGAGAUUUUAA